AUGUCUGGAAUCGUCCCCGAAAUUCCAGGCGAACAAGCGCCCCCAGAUGCUGCUCACCAGCUCAAGGUGGAUGUUGCGCGCCUCUUGCAAAAACCCAAGCUCAACUUUCCUGGUGCUCAGCCCGUCUCAUUCGCCAGAAAACACAUUGAAGAGGAGCUCUUCAAGCGAGAUUAUUAUGUGUGCGAGAAGAGUGACGGUCUUCGAUGUCUCAUGUACGUGACAUGGGAAAAUAACCCCGACACUGGCCCCCAGCAGGUCACGUAUCUGAUCACACGAAACAACGAGUUCUUCUUCAUUCCCAUGGUCCACUUCCCUUCGAAUGAUGGUAAGCCAUUGCAAGACACAAUUGUCGACGGAGAGCUCGUGCUCACAAAGGCCGAACCCCGAUCCCUGCAUUUCCUCAUGUUUGACUGUCUUGCCUGCAACAAGAUUCUGCUUACAGGCCGACCUUUGGACAAGAGAUUGGGGUACCUCAAUGCUGCCAUCUCGCAUCCUCUGAAAGAGUACCUGCACAAGAACCCCGAAGUUGCCCGCGACUUUCCCUUCAGUGUGCGCGUCAAGGAUAUGCAGUUUGCUUACAAUGUGAUGAACGUCUUUGCCAGCUUCCCGCACCUUCCGCACAUCACAGAUGGUCUCAUCUUCACCUGUAGGGACCACCCUUACGUCUCUGGAACAGACGAGCGAAUUCUCAAGUGGAAAAAACAAGACGAAAACUCGGUAGACUUUCUGAUGACCAUGAAGUUUCCUAUUUUCGAGGACACAAAUGGUGAGAGUUGGACAGACUACGACGCAAAACCCGAAAUCACACUCCUGGUGUGGACAGGACGGGACGGAAGCCGACCUUACGGCGAGCUGUAUCUCACUGACGAGGAAUGGGAUAACUUGAAGGCGCUGGAGGAGCCUCUGGAAGAGCGGGUCGUGGAAUGUAUUAAGGAUGAUAAGAAGCGAUGGAGAUAUCUUAGAUUCCGGGAUGACAAGACGAAUGCCAACUACAUCACAACUGUCGAGAAGGUCAUUGACUCUAUUGAUGAUCCCGUCUCAGAGAAGAAUCUGUUAGAUGCCGCUCCCAAAAUUAAGGAGCUGUGGAAGGAACGAAAUCGACGCCCACGCGACGAAGAUAGAAAGCGAGUAGGAGGGGACGACCAUGAUCACGGUGCCAAAAGAGCUCGACAGUAA